AUGACUGGAGCUCCUUGGAUGCACUGCCAUGAGACUGCACUCCUCGCAUUGAUCCUUCGCCGUCUUGUCCUCCACUAUCUGAGAGACUCCAAUCUCUAUGAGGAGUUCAAGACACUCAUCGUCGGAUAUCGCAUCAGUCAUGCUGAAGACAAGUGGUGGACGCAUGUUUUCAAGCUUGAGGAAGUUUACAUUGAGAACUCAGCUCGUUACAACAGCGUUUUGGAAUCGAUCGUCGACUUCAUGGGCCCUGACUCGACAACUUUCAUUGCGUCUGCACGUACCCUUGCAUCAUUCAGCGUACUUAGCACCAUGGAGUGUGGUCUGAACAAUUAUUACCGGCGUUUUGGGGGACGUUCUUGUCGCCACAAGCAAAGAACAACGAGCUACCGGAAUGGGGGAAUGUCAUGA